AUGACACACAACCUUGGCAUGGCGUCGUAUCGGUUGCCAGGACCCGGACUGUGUCCGCCAGAUUUCAAGUCGCCCUCCGAGUCGCCUCAGUUACCGAUCGCCGCACCCAGCAAUCCGAAGAAGCGAAGAAAAACGUCAAAUGCCGCGAACGCGAAUGCCGUUACGACGCAGCCCACGCCGACGCCCUCACCGCAAGAUCUCCUGCCUCCGCCGCCCACAGGCUAUGGCGAUACAAUCGUGGCCUCGAAUCCGUUCGACGACACCCCGCCACCAUCGGCUGCCGGGCCUCAUCUGGGACACAUGGGACACCCGCACGGUGGCCACGGCGGUCCCGGUGUUCCCGGCCCAAUGAUGGGCCAUAUGGGUGGCGGUGGAAUGGUUGGACACGGCGGCGGACCGAUGGGCCCCAUGAACCACAUGGGACCGAUGCACGCCCACCAUAUGGGUGGACCACCGAUGGGUGGUGGACAUCCGCACGGAGGACCCCCGCACGGCCACGCACCCCACGGUGGUCCAAUGGGUGGUGGAGGAGGCGGUGGUGGUCACGGUGGAGGCGGCAUGCCACCACACGGUAUGCCCCCGCACGGGAUGGGCCACGGUCCGGGCCAUGGUCCCGGCCAUGGAGGAUCUCCACAUCCCGGAAUGGGGCCAGGAGGUCCACACGGAGGGCCACCGGGUGGAGGAAUGGUAGGUCCCGGCGGACCGCAAGGGCCACCGAUGCGUGGCAUGAGUCCAAUGGGGCUAGGCAACCACCCCGGAAUGGGUCACCCCGGGAUGCACAUGAACGCGGGUGGAGGUAUGGGCCAAAUGGUCGGCGCAGGAAUGGGACCGCACGCGAUGGCACGAGGAGGAGGCGGCAUGAGCCCGAUGGGCACGAUGCCCGGCGCCCAGAUGGGAGGAUUGAGUCCGAUGGGAGCGGCGGCCGUUGCCAUGAACCAGAGCAUGUCGCCGAUGGGACCGAUGGGUGGUCUUUCGCCCAUGAGCCAGCAGCAGCAGCAGCAGAUGGGCGCCAAAUCCGUCGGAAGUCCGAUGAGUGGAGGAAACAUCGGGAGCCCGAUGAACUCGGUGCCGGGCAUGGGGUCACCGCACGGGCCGGGUGGUGGCCAGGGAGGUAUGCUCGGGAGCCCGAUGAACACGAGUGGUGGCCACAUGAGCAACGGCCCGAUGGGGCCACCGAUGAACAGUCCGCUCGGGAACGGGCCACCGAACCAUGUGCCACUCGGGCCCAACUCGGCCGGUCACCAACAAAGUCAACAGCAGCAACCACCGGUGGGCGGCGUGUCCGCGGCCAACGUGACCGUCGGUGGCCAGACGUCACCGAACGUGGUGGUGAGCGGGGCGGGCGGUGUCGGUGGCGUAGGCAUGAACAGUAGCAGUAGCAGAAUGAACCUACCGAAUGGUGCAAUGACAAAUCAGCAAUCAGGGAAUCUAAAUCAAUUACCUCAUCAACUCGGACCGAUGGGCGGUGCGAAUCAGCAGCAAGGCGGUGGAGGAGGAAUGGGAGGAGCAGGCGGACCGCAGCAGAGUAGCAGUAGCCAGGGGCAGGGACCGAACAUCAACAAUCAAGGACCGCAACAGCAGCAGCAGCAGCAGCAAAGUGGUGGUCAAUCGUCGUCGCAGCAGUCGCAACCGUUGCAACCUCAUCCACCGUCGCAUGGCGGAGUCGGCGGCGGCAGCGGCGGUGCCGCGGGUCAACAUCAACUACCCCUCCCGCAACAGUCACCGCAUGCCCAGCAUCACAGUCAGGGUGGGCCCGGAGGGGGUGGUGCGCCAGGACAGCAGCAGAUGAAUGCUAUGGUUGGUGGGCCGAUGGGUGGCGCGGGUGGCGGCAUGAUGGGUGGCGUGAACUCGAUGGGCGGCGGCGGAAUGAAUCAUCACCACUCUCCGCAUCAUCAUCACCACCACCACCAUCAUCACCAUCCCGGUGGACACCAUCAUCCGGGGAACCACCAGCAGAACCCGUUGGGGAUGGGAGGCGGCGGUGGACCACCCAACAAUAUGCACCACCACAUGGGCGGAGUAGGCGGCGGCGGCAUGCCACCGCACGGAGGUAUGGGCCCGGGACCGGGCCAUAGACCACCGUCGAUGCACCCCGGCGGAGGAGGUGUCGGUGGAGGAAUGCUGGGACCAGGUGGAAUGAUGGGCGGCCCUCCGAUGGGCGGUGGUCCGAUGGGCGGAGGCGGUGGACAUAUGGGUGGCGGCAUGGGUGGAAUGGGCGGAAGUCCCAUGGCGUCACCCCACAUGAUGGGUCCGGGCCCGAUGGGCGGAGGUGGUGGUGGCGGGAUGCCACCGAUGGGCGGUCCGAUGGGAGGAGGACCGGGCCUGGGACCACCGGGAAAUGGCCCGAACGGGCCGAACCAUCACCACCACAUGGGCAUGUUCGGACCGAAACCGAUGCCUGUGACAUCCGGCAAGCUUUAUCCGCCCGAUCAGUCGAAAGUGUUUAACCCGCAAAACCCAAACGCCCCGCCCAUCUACCCCUGCGGAGGGUGCCACAAAGAAGUGCAUGACAACGAUCAAGGCAUCCUGUGUGAAUCGGGUUGCAACUUUUGGUUUCAUCGGACGUGCAGUGGACUGACGGAGGCCGCCUUCAACCUGAUACACGCCGAAGUGUACGCCGAGUGGUGCUGCGACAAGUGUUUAAACUCCAAAAACAUACCGCUGGUCAAGUUCAAACCAUAGUAGAGGCACCCGCAGCGAAGCGCAUAAGCCAGCCCCGUGCCUAGCGCCGAUCCACUCGCGCCCGACGACUCGCCAAGGACUCGCUGCGCGGCACUUCUCCUUUCCUUCACACCUGUCAUGCGUAUCAUGAAAUCAGUUUCUCGUUCAACGAACAAACACGAAUUCCGGGUUUUCUUGUAUUGUAUAUAUUUUGUGUUCUCCGUUGGGAAAAACUGAUCACGAAAGUGUGUGAAGUCAGGUUUUUUAAGGAUUGUGAUUUUGUUCUUUCCAAGUGACGAAAGAUUCGACUGGUGGCUGAUUUUAGAUUUGGGACAGUUUCCCCUCUAGUCUAUCGCGUAAUGAAUCCGUGCCGUAUGUUUGGCCGUUUGGCCGAGCCGGCCGGCCGUGUUAAUAUUAGCCAAUUUCUUUCUGGCCGACCAUUGGUUAAAUGGUCGGGCAUCGGCCACAUUGACGCCCUUAGAGUGAGAAUGACAAGUGUACCGAAAGCCCUCUCAGCGAAGGAAGUGCGGUACUCUACCUGACGAACCAAGCAUUAGCUCAGGAGUAGAAAAAACAGACGACGAAUUUUUGUAAUCGAGGGGCAUGCAGAGUUGUUUCACUUUGUUUACAAUUUUAAACCCAUUUUGCUAUGUUUCGCAUAUCAACUCAAUGACUGGGAGAAGGAAAGAAAGAGAAAUCCGGUGCAGUAGGGAACGAGCGAAUCCACGGAUGCGAUGGGUUGAUAGCAGCGUGUAUUAAGUAAUAAAAGAAAUCAAA